AUGUCUUCAAAUCAUGAGUCGUCUUCUUCAGGAGCAAGCUUCUCCUCAUUCUUUAAGGAGUCUCGUGCAAAACUAGACGCUGCCUCAGAAAAAGGCCGCAACUAUAUGAAUAAGGAUCAUGGUAGUAGUAGUAGUAGUGGUGGUGGUGGUGGUGGUGGCCACUUCUCAUCCUUUACAAACAAAAUUACAGGCUCUUCAGAACCUGCUCCUACCAUUGAGGCCCGACCUCUCAGUGCUCUCAAAGAUCCGAAAUCUUUCCCAGCUCCUCCUCUUCAUCGUGCUGUUCAUGGUGACCCCCUAAGACCCGCUGCUCACUACCCCCCUACUGCUACUGCACAGCCCCCAGUUGCCGCCGCUGCUAGUGCCCCAGCUUACACGUACCCACAACCAACUGCCUACCCUCCACCAGCUGCACCAGCCGCCUAUCCACCACCCGCAGGUUACCCCCAACCAGGUUACCCUCAGCCUGCCUACCAGCAGCAGCAGCAGCAGCAGCCUCCGCCUACGGCCCCGGCUCCUCUAGUAUACCAGCCUCCAGUUACAGGUUAUCAGCCUCCGACUGCAGUAUACCAACCCCCGGUCGCAGGAUACCAACCUUCUGCCGCAGGCUACCAGCCUCCAGUCGCAGGCUACCAGCCUCCAGUCGCAGCUUACCAGCCCCCAGUCGCAGCUUACCAGCCCCCAGUCGCAACCCCGGCAGCUUACCCACCUCCACCUGCUGCUGCCCCGGUUGCUGCUCCGGUGGCCGUUUCCCCACCUCCAGUAGCUGCUCCCUACCAGCCCCCACCUCCCCCUGGGCUCCCGGGCUAUCAACCUCCUGGAGGUGUACCGGCGACUCCUGCUAGAGCCCCACCUCAAUUACCCUCGCGUCAAAAUAGUAUUGCAUACCGGGCUUCUGUGUCGUCUCCAAGCCCUGCUGAGCCUGAACCAAAACCUCAUGUACCGCUUCCUGAUCCUUCUUCUUUCCCAGCACCUCCACCACUCUACCAGGGACCUACUGGUGCCCCAGAGCCUGUAAGCCAUAACGGUCGUCGUGCAUCGCAUUACACGUCAUCUACAACUGCUAAGCACUCAGCUGUAUCUCCCGCAACACAUGUCCCAGCUCCUGCUCCGUUGCCUUCAGCAUCAAGUUUCCCUCCACCUCCAGGAACCCAGCCUUAUCAGCCCCAUUUAGCUCGGACAGUGCCACCGCCUCCAACCUCAUCCUCUUCUUCAGCUCCUGCUCCUGCUCCAGUAGCUACACCGAGUCAUACCUCUAUUGGCUACAGUCCCAGCAUUAAAAAGAAACCCCCACCUGUCCCUACCAAGCUUAACAAAAAGUCGCCACCUGUCCCUCCGGGUCGUAGCAGCAAUGGUGCACCACAAGCACCUCCAUCGCGUGCUGCUACGUUUGAAGAAUCACCCCCACCACCAUACACAGAGCCCAGACCAAAAUCUCCCUCUGAGUCUGAAAAUACCAACCAUUUUCAUCGUACAUUUGCAGCCCGUGAUCCAGGUCUUUCUCAAGAAGCUCAAUCAUACCAAUCUUCUAGCUCCGAUGCGCCUAUGGGACCCAUUGCGGGUGGAACAGCAUCCCAAAUUGCUAAACAAUUUGAAAAAAUGCAUAUUUUGGCCCCACAGCGCCGGCCCUCAGAUCACUUACAAACUCCAGGAUCUACAUCAACUCAUGCAGCACCUGCCACUACUCAUACUACCCCAUCUGCUGCGGCCAUUGCUGCACACCACAAGAAGGCUCCUCCAAAACCUCCAAAGAAACCUUCCUUCUCUCAUGAGCACCAUCUAGCUCCUGAACCAGCUGCUCCUGUGCCAGCUGCUGCACCAGCACCAGCUUCUACUUCUAAUGCACCACCACCACCAAUUAAUUACUCAACACGGCCUGAUCCUGGUUCUUUGACUCCUAGCACUUCACACUCUUCUACAAAUAGUGCCUCUUUUGGUGCUAAUAAAAAAGACCCUAAGGACCAGUUUGAUCUUGACUUGCCAAGCUUGUGGUUCACCAAGCCUGCACGCACGCUUACACUGCCUGCCUCACUACAGGGUAUCAACUACACGUUCAGUCUCUCGUCGUCGUCAGGUUCAAGUCGCAAACUUAUUUUAGCGCUCCGCAUUGCUGAGACAUUGGCCAUUGUCAAAUUCAAACUUGAGUGGAAGGUUGAGGACCCGCUGGGAACUGUUACAGUUGAACGUAAAGACAUUCCACCACCAGAACCAAUGGCUCAGGCGCAGCUGGCCCAGGCCCAUGACGCGUUUGGAGAAAGCAUUGCACGCUAUGCUGAAUCUGUGGUUGGCACACAGGUCGGUGACGGCGAGUGCUGGACUUUGGCUCAGCAAGCUAUUACGCAGGCAGCAGCAGGCGCAGCCAUGGUUCCUCAAGGGUAUACUCAUGGUGCUCUUGUGUAUCAUGCGGUUGGUGGUGCACCUGCUCCUCUUUGCUAUGCGGAUCGCAUUGCACGUGGAGAUAUUUGUCAGUUUACUAGCGGUCGUUUUGAUACGCGCAAUGCCGCUGGAGUUAUUGUGGGACAAGCAUAUGUAGGAGCACCCAACCAUACCAGUAUUGUUGUUCAUGUUUCUGAUGAUAACCGGACGAUUGACGUGCUUCAGCAAAAUGUAGGAGGUGUGCGUCGUGUCCAAGCAGGCAAGCAUAAUUUGGAUGAAUUGGUUGCUGGUGAAGUGAAGAUAUAUCGGCCAGUGUGGAAGGAAUGGGCAGGUGAGCUUGAGGCUAAGUGGGAUUAA